CCAGACAAGAUGUCCACAGAAAGGCAUUGCUGAGGCAGAGAUGGGAAAAAAGGAAAGGAGCGGAAGAUGGUAGUCAACGCCACGCAUCGACACCUUUCCUGAGCAGAGCAUCAAGAAAGCAGGCGGAGGAGAGAGAGAGAGAGAGAGAGAGAGAGAGAGAGAGAGAGGAGGAAUGAGCCAGCAACAAAGAAACAACAGACAAAUAUGAAUCAUGAUUCGUGCCGGGUGCUGCUGUUUUUUGGCUCUAAUUCUGGGCUCCAUCCUCCAGAUUUUUGGUGCAACGGUUCUGCAUUUGAGCGGUGCUGAUGAGGACUCAUCGUUUGCGGAUGCUGGUGCAGCGCUGAACCACAGCAGCAACACGACUCAGCAAGAAAUAACGUGGCCUUUGCGCUUGAUCUAUUACGUUCACGAUGACAACGAGAGCACUUACCACAUCCUGGAUACCAAAGCCAGGAACCAGCAAAAAGAUGACCAGGCUGUACAUCUUACUCAUGCGAGCUUCCAGAUUGAGGCCUUUGACACUACCUUUAUCCUAGAUAUUACACUGAACAAUAAUCUCCUGUCCUCUGAUUACAAGGAAAUACAUUAUGAAAAGCAAAAGGUUUUCCUUUCAAAGGGGGGUGAACACUGUUACUACCAUGGGGAGAUACGGGGGAACGCAGGGUCCAAGGUCGCUCUGUCCACUUGCGAUGGGCUACAUGGCAUAUUUGAUGAUGGCAAAUACUUGUAUGUCAUUGAGCCAUUGACACAGACGCAUACUCAGGAGAAUUUGUCAAGGCCGCACACGAUUCAUCGGAUGCCAGUAGGAUUGAAGGACAAGCUUCCACACAUGAGCAAUCUAAAAAAGGCUAGCGCUCUUUGGUCUCGACUGGCGGACUUUCCCUGGUUCCGACCACGGAGGAGAAGGAGAGCGGCCCGUCGCCGGAAUGUCUUCUCGGAAAUGAAAUACCUGGAACUCAUGAUCAUAAACGACCACAAGAUGUACAAGAAACGGCAAUCCUCCCGGAUUCACACCAACAUCUUUGGCAAGUCUGUGGUUAACUUUUUGGACUCUAUCUUCAAGGAGCAGCUGAACACCAGGGUGGUGCUGGUCGCCAUGGAGACAUGGUCAGACAAGGACCGGAUUGAGGUGGGCCAGGACCAGGCGAAGACCCUGCGCAGCUUCUCCAAGUACAGGCAACAGUUUGUGAAGGAGCAUGCCGACUCGGUCCAGCUGCUCUCAGGCACCACGUUUAGGAGCAGCAUGAGCAGCAUGGCGUUCUUCGGCGGGGUUUGCUCACUGACUCGAGGAGUAGGAGUGAAUGAGUUUGGACCAAUGUGGUUGACCACUGUUGUACUCGGGCAGAGUCUUGCACAAAAUUUGGGUAUACAGUGGGAGUCCGAGUCCAAGAGAAAAAAGGAAUGCGAGUGUCCAGGCUCCUGGGCGGGAUGCAUCAUGGAAGACACUGGGUUUUACCAUGUCCGUAAGUUCUCCAGGUGCAGCAUAAUGGAAUACAAAGAGUUUCUACAGAGAGGUGGGGGAGCUUGUCUCUUCAACAGACCAACAAAGCUCUAUGAAACCACAGAGUGUGGCAAUGGAUACGUGGAGUCCGGGGAAGAAUGUGACUGCGGACUGCGAAUGGAGUGCUUCGGGACCUGUUGUAAGAAGUGCUCACUUGCCAAUGGUGCCCACUGCAGUGAUGGACCCUGCUGCAAUCACACUUGCCAGUUCCUGAAGCGAGGUUACGACUGCCGAGAUCCUGUGAAUGAUUGUGAUAUACCAGAGUACUGCACUGGAGACUCAGGCCAGUGCCCUCCUAACCUUCACAAGCAGGACGGGUAUGCUUGUGACAUGAACCAGGGCCGCUGCUUCAAUGGGGAGUGUAAAACCAGAGACAAUCAAUGCAAGAUGAUUUGGGGCUCAAAGGCCCUGGGGUCGGAUAAGUUCUGCUACGAGAAGCUGAACACCGAAGGCACGGAGAAAGGGAACUGUGGGAAGGACGGCGAUAAGUGGCUGCAGUGCAGUAAGCAUGACGUAUUCUGUGGCUACCUUCUCUGUACCAGUGUUAGCCGGGUCCCAAGGAUUGGUCGCAUUGUCGGUGAGGUCACUCCUACCUCCUUCUAUCACCAGGGCAGGCUGGUGGACUGUAGUGGUAGUCACAUCAUUAUGGAUGAUGGGACAGACCUGGGCUACGUUGAAGAUGGUACUCCCUGCGGACCAUCCAUGAUGUGCUCGGACAGGAAAUGCCAACCCAUCCAGUCGUUCAACAUCAGUAAUUGUCCAAGUGGAUCAUCAACAAAGAUAUGCUCUGGACAUGGGCUUUGCAGUAACGAGGGAACCUGCAUCUGUGAGGGUACCUGGGCAGGAACAGACUGCAGCAUGUACGAUCCCAAGCGUCGAGAAACUGAGAAGCCACCAGAGGGCCCCAAGGGUUCUUGCCACAUGCAGUUCUCUACACUGACUGAAAACAAGUACAACCAGAGUUCUUCACACACUGAUCACGAUAAUGGAAGGAGACACAACAUUCUCCUGUUUGCUCGUCUCUGAGUAAUAACAGCAUCAUAUGGAUGCCAAUAUUAAAUAAGAGUUUUGUGAUGAAUUAAAUUGAAAAUAAUAGCUAGAAAACAAAUUGACCGAUAGUAAUCUAAUCAGUGGCAGUUACUGAGCUAAUGAAGACUUUAUAAGGUCAGCUGAUUACUGAAAUUAAAAUAAUAGCCUUGAAUAUCUUAUCUGUGAUUUUAAUCAAAAGAGCAGUGGAGCAGGUAUCGGUUUCCAUCUGCACUUUUAGACGCAAUGUUUUCUUUUGUUGUGCGUGCCUUUGCUCUUGGAGGCUCUGGGUAGUGAGAAGACUGAUUAUUUCCUGGCAUGAUAGAGUCACUAACAAGUAUUGAGUAUGAGCUGUCCAGUUAAUCCCACUCCAGACCACUUCCUGCAACUCUAUAAGAUUCGUCCCCCUUCUGGGUUUUUAAUCUUCAGUUGAAAGCUGCUAUUGAAUCUGCUUCCUUUAUCAUUUCCAAGCUGAUAAUCAGACACAGCCGUGAAAGAGGUUUCAUCUUUGAAUCAUUUAUUGAAUCAUUUGUUGUCUAGUUUCCAGUGCUUCAUGUUUAGAAACUGUUGCCUCCCCAAACCUUUCAUGACAUUGAAUGGCUGGAUUAAAUCUCUUGACAAGAACUUGCGGGUCAGUUAGAAGACAGUUGAUCAACAAUGCGGCUUCCCUUAGUCUGCUGGCCAGCGCAGGCAAAGUUAAUCCAGUGGCUGCGUCAAGUGAGGCUGUUAGCAAGCUACUCAUUAAUGGACUUAACAUUUCAAAAUGCUCAUCCGUAAGAGAAGUAUACUCUAGUUUCAUUGGAUUGCACAGUGGCACAGAUGUUGGGAUUACUGCAACACACACAAAAUGCUGGAGGAACUCAGCAAGCCAGACAGCAUCUAUGGAAUAAAGUUCAGUUAACAUUUCAGACACAGACCCUUCAUGUUGGCUGAACAUCGAUUUCUCAAACUUCCAGUAAUGCCUUGACCCCUCCCCCUUUCACCAUUUCCCGUCCCCUUGUCCCUCUCUCCUGUUAUCUCCUUGCCCGCCCAUCACCUCCCUCUGGUGCUCCUUCAUUUCCCCCCCUCUUCUUCCUUCCAUGACCUUCUGUUCCUUUCACCAAUCAACUUCCUAGCUCUUUGCUUCAUCCCACCCUCUCCAAGUUUCACCUAUCAUCUGGCAUUUCUCUCUUCUCCCUCCCCCCCCCACCCCUUCCACCUUUCAAAUCUACUCCUCCCGACUGUAAUUUUUUCCAUAGAUGCUGCCUGGCCUGCUGAGUUCCUCCAGGAUUUUGUGUGUGGUGCUGGGUUAUGGUGCCAUUCAUGUAAUGGACUGGGUUGAGAGUGAAACAGGACUAGUGUGGAAGGGUGGCUGGUGGUCAGCACAGGCUCAGAGAGGGCAAAAGACCUGUUUCUGUGAUGUGUGACUCAUUCUUUGAAGAGCUGCAUUUCCACUUCCAACACCUCUUUUCAUUCUGAUGCUUGUUACCUUUACAGUAUUACUUUUUAUUUCUUUUUCUGUUAAACUUCCAGAUAUCUGGUUGUCUAUUAGAUUAGGAUCUAAACAAUUGACUCUCGUGAGUUUGUUUUGACAGGAACAUCUAGCCCCCAUCAGCCCCGUUCCCCUUCUUAGAAUCAUAGAGAAAAAGGCAUGGAAGCAGGCCUUUCGGCCCUCUGAGUCCAUGCUGUCUACCUAUUACCCAUUUACUGUAUGUUAAUCCUAGUCCAGCUCAUUUUAUUCUUCCCACAUUCCAAUCAUCUCACCCCAGAUUCCACCAGCCACCUACAUGCUGGAGUCAGUUUACAGGGGCCAAUUAACCCAUCAACCUGCAUUGCUUUGGGAUGUAGAAAGAAGCUGAAACACCCACAGGAGUUCAACACAUUCAGGGGGAAAAUGUGCAAUCUCCCCACAGACAGCACUGGAGGUCAGGCUAGAGCUUACUUUACUGGAAUGGUGAGGCACCAGUGCUACCCAUUGCACUGCCGUCCCUUUGUAUUUGCUGUCACUCUUGUGCACGGUGAUUGAAGUGAAGACUGGCUUCUUGUGGCAUUAACAGAGGAUGGUUAGGAAGGGAGUGCGCUCGUCACUUCUCACACUCAUUCUGGCCGUUGUAGACACGAGUCUGAUGUACAACCCAGAGCCGGGCAGCCUCUUCUAAACCCCUCUCAUCUCCCCAAUGUCAAUAUUCCUUUGGCUCUGAAAGAGUUUAUUGAUCAUCUUUUUUGUGCAGGCGAUGGAAGAUGAGGGGGGUGUGGUUGGUGUUGGUGAGGUUCAUGAACAAGUUCGACAGGUUGGAUCAUUCAGGUAGUAGUGCAAAUUGUAAUUGGAAGUUAAUUCAAACACUCCACUCCACUUUGUAAAUACACCAUGUUAGAUGCCUUGGAACCUGGCAAGUAAGACAGACAACUCUGUCCAAAUGGAGAAAGAGUGGGUUGCUGAUUAACAUUCACAAGACACUCUUAUCAUAGACAACUUGUAUUAUACAUAUAAUGAUAGAGAUGGAAGCUAUUCAGUCCAUUGAUUCAUAGGAAGUCCCUUUGCACUGUACAAAGUAUUUUGUUAUGUGGAGGAAAGGAAUUUAAAGGCCAAUGGCUAAACAUGAUCAGAACCUGCUUUGUGCAGUUCCUUUCUGCACGUGGAAGCCAGCAGGUGUGUGUAGUGACAGCAAUUCGCAUUUUACUGUCUCUUGUGUACUGGAGUCCAUUAACUGUGGCUACCUCACACAGAAACAAGAGAGUUGAAGCUCAUUGCUGGGUGAAUUCAGGGCACCACCUGGAGAUUGCGAGGUCUCUCAUCUUCAAGAAGUUGCCCUGGUGCUUGCUCUCACCUUUGCUCCAAACGAUGAACAGCUUAACAAUAAACGGCACUGAUUGUCCAUAGCAAUGCUGCUGUGAUAUUCGUGAUCAGGCUUGGCACUGUUGCAACAGUGCAGUAGAAAGGGUACCCUCAUUUAGGGUUGCUGUUUUCUAGACUCGGCUCAAAGCCCUCAGGUGUGAGGUGAAUGGGACACUGGUUAUGUGGUUAUAUUUUCAUUAGUCUUGAGUCAGGAAGACUGUCUUACAACAGAAUGUGGUAGACUUGAGGUGAAAGAGUGAGAUGAGUAGUUGAGAAUAGUGUAGUGCCCAUUCCCCAAUGUUAACCCAGCUCCUGGUCUGAUGAACGCAGAUGAACUCUUAACACCCCAAAGCCCACGUGCAUCUUGAACAGACUUGUACUCCAAAUUUGGACUGUUGCGUUUUUCUAUAUAAAACGCUGCUUGUUUUGGUAAACCUGUUAAGAGUGUUAAAAGAUGACAUGUUGCCUAUACAGGAAGGGAAAAAUCAACAAACACCAUCCUUUGGAGCAGAAAGCAAUAUUAAGAUCAUUUUCAUUUCAUUUUCCAAAAUCUCCCAGCAAUUUCCCAUCCAUUUGUAUUUCAGUUGAUGCAUUUGGUAUUGAUUAGCAGAGACAAAAAUCUCUGCCUGUUCUGCUACCCUGGGGUCUGGGGACUUCCUACAGUGUCUGCCUGUACUGACCAUUGCCUCUAGCCCGUGCUUGCAUGCAGUCUUGUUCAAAGAGCUUCCUGUAGCUGUAGGAGCCAAAUGCCUUUCUGUGAAUUUGUUGAUUUGGACCUUGAAUGAAAAUGCAUACUAAGCAAUUUGGGGGUAGUGUGGGGGUGGAUGGGGGAUGCAAAAUCACUGGUUUGUUUCUGUAAAAUGUUCUUUCUUCUUCC